AUGUACAAGCAGGUCGGACCUCGGAUGUAUGUGCCUUGGGGAGAUGGUGGUGGUGGGGCGCAAGAUUUCUCGCCCAAGGCUUUUCUUGUCGACAUGCUUGAGAAAGCGAUCCUAGGGAACCGAGUGAUUUGCACAAACUCGGAGAAUGAAAAGUCGUUUUUGAUAACGAAAGUUACGACCGAGAUGUUUCUACGCGGCCGGCUAGAUGGCAAAAUCGCCAUUAUCGUUUCUACAGCUGUGGACGAGUUAGAUUCGUACAGACAGACCUUCACUGUUUCGACUUCAAUAAGCGGAGUUGAUAUUGUAUUAGACACACAAGAAUUUGCCAUGAUAGACUUCUCGACGACGAAAGUUAUCCUCACACUGCCCAAAACCGUCAAAAAACUCUUCGAUUUCAUUCGCAGCUCACAAAUAUGCCCAGAACAGACGAAUCUCACACUGCCACAAUGCGGGCUUCUCAUUCUCGACAAUUUCGAAUCCCGAUCACAUCACGGUCUUCUUGAUCAAGUAGACGCUUUUUGCGAUAAUCUCAAUAUAGACAAGCCUCAUACACUUGGGCUUACUUCCCAUAUCUUGAAAAACACUCGCUCAGCUGACCAACUAAAGAAGCAGAUUUACGAACUGGAAACUAGCUCUGGCUGCAAAGUCGAGACUUCUGGCGAGUUCAGCGUUUCUGGCGUUUUUGACGAAAAAGUGAUCGUUUGCGACCACUUCAACUCUGAUUUGAAAAUGGAGCUCGAAAGUGCAAUACAGGGGCCUCUAAUGUUUCUACUCUCCUGCUCCAACUUUAACAGCAUGGUAGUGACAGACUAUACUGGCGACGAUGAAGAAGAAUGCCUUUAUGACAUGGGGGGCGUAGACGACCAAAGUGGCAAUGACAGUAGCGACAGCGACGAAUAUCCUCCAGAGCAUCAUGUCAAUGAUAUCAGUCAAAGUACUUUGAGCGUCGAUGAAUUUUACGCUAAGCGUGAGGCUGACACGAGCAGUGCUACUAGUAACGAAGCUGAUACUCUUGUUGAGUCAGAUACUGGUGUCUCAGAUUCUCUUGCAAGUAGUUACCGUUCAAUCAGCACCACCGAGCGCGAAGGGGACAUUACUAGUCCGGAUCCGCCUGAAACAGAACCUGAAUAUAUUGAUGACUCUUCAUCUCAAGAAGCGACUGUUCCUACCACAGAGAUGGAGGGGUUGUCACUAGCAGGACCAAGUCCCUUAAUUGCAAACGAAAAUCACGUUAUUCCAAUGUUCCCUAUCCCUGGUCUAGAAUCAGAUUCUGAAUCGAUCCCGCAAGCUCAGCUUCAUCAAAAUAUGUCGGCAGUCCAAGAUUCCGAAAGCAGCGUUGAAGAGCGCAUGACUGACGAAGAAGCAUACUAUAGAAGGAAACAUCAAGAGAUAAUCGAAAGAGUUAAACUUUCCGCGGCUCAGCGGCGGCAAAAUGCGAUGGAGACGAAAUUCGAUGAAGACGCUGAAGCCUCUACUUCAUCCUUGACGACCUAUGUAACUCCCGACUACGGCGAUAGGGAGACCGUUGAACGCGAAUUCGAAGGAACUGAAUACACCGAAAGUGAGCUGGAAGCAAUCGAAACUGCCGAGCGAGAGUACGUAGAAGAACAGGCCAGACAGUAUAAUCUCCAACUGGACGAAGUAUCUUCGAAGGAGUACACAACACUCAAUAUGCAACUAACUCAUGAAGUGAUUGAGUAUCCUGAAUCAGUUUCUGAUUCUUCAAGUGAUUCUUCGGAGGACAGUGAUUGCUCAACUUACGUCGCCGAAGAGGACGAACGCGAUUAUGACAAUGAUCCGAUGGCCAUACCGAUCGCAUUUCUCACAGAAGCGAAGCUUUUGCUUGAACAGUUAGGCCCAUGGGCGCUUUAUCGUUUCUAUCAGACAAACAUCCGUUACCUACAGCGGCGCACAAAGCAAGAAACUCGUUACAAUCACAUCAUCGGUCUCGAGCUUCUCAUGACUGCGCUGCGCAAAGUCUACGUCCUCUGCGACGAAACCAUGCGCGUUUCUGGCUUCUCCCGAGAUUUCGUCACUACAAAGGUCGCUCGCCUGAUGGAUGUUCUCCGUGAAUACAAGCCAGAGGUCAAGCAGCGAAACCCGGACAGCCAAUACAACGAUCGCGACGACGCCAACUAUGUUAGUUGGCACAAUGAUCAGUGUAACGAUCAAGAUGAUGCCGGUUCAGAUGAUAGCCCUGGUCCCACACCUUUCACUAACCGUCUUUGGGGAUGUGUUCUCGUUAACGAAAGACCUGUCGCGAAGUACUUAGGCAAGAUCAUGAAAGACGCUGCGAGGGCUGACCCUGACUUAUGCCACGUUUCCUGUCAGGCUCUAUGCCAAUUGGCAAAGAUCGACAAUCCAAACGUUCAAAACGACGAUGAAGAUCUCGCAGAAGAGAAAAAAAAGCAAGAAGAAGCGCUCCAUAAAUUUCGAACACGGGAGGCAAACAUUCUUAUCGCGCAAGCAGAGACAGAGAACGAAAAACAUCGCCAUUUCGAUAUUCCAAAGUGCAAUCUUGUCCUUCGAUUUGACCCACCUGGCUCAUAUCUGCGCUAUGACGGUGGGAAGCGACUAUUAUCGCAGCAAAAUGACGCGCUCUAUGGGAUUUUGAUUAACAAAGACGAAAAACUGCGAUUCUGCAAACUGCUCGAAGAGUUCAAGACACUUGAAGAAUACCUGAAGCACAGAUCUUCAUUGGCUGAAGAAGCUGGCCCCGCAGAGCUCUGUUUGGACCUUGAUGUGAGUCAUAUAUUUGAGGAUAUGCCGAAGGAUUAUCGGAAAGAAGAAAUCGGUGCUGUCGAGCCCGACUACUUGGAACCAGAGGAUGAACCUGAGAAUCUGAUCCAUCCAGAAGGAUGGCGCCGAAAAACUCGUCCUCAAAUCAAAAUCACCAUGCAAAAUUCACUGAGUCUACUAAACAAAUACUGCAACAGGAAAGAGGUCAAUUUGUUUAUGUUCGAAGGUAUCGUCAUCGGACAUCCUCAAGAAACUGCUGAGUUGUCUAAGCGUUCGGCGGCCUUUGUAGCGUGUACGAAGCUCCGUAUUGUUGGCGAACUCGAUGAUUUUCUUUUCCACACCGGCAAAGAAAUUGAAAAGUACAAGUUUGAGAUCGAUCCCUUCCCAAAUCCUCUCAAUCGAAAAAGAAAGCCUCCACCUGGCCAAGAAGGCGGCCCAAAGAGGCGACAGAAGUACCCACGACAUAUUCCAAGAUGCUUGCGGGCGAAACCGAAAGUUGGCCAAGGUGACAGUGCCCUUCCUGUUCCGGAAGGAGAGUGCUAUGUCUACCGCAUUUCGAUGUUUUACCGCCAGGGACUUGCAGACAAGUAUAACUAUCGUGGACGCAAACUUCAUCGUCCUGAAGAUAGUUCUCAGUCCUUCGCGAUCAUCACUUCUAAGCCUAUUCCACACACGAUUCCGGGCUUUUCAAUAUUUGACCGGUCCGGAGAAGAAGGAGUCUAUUUAGAACCAAUCUAUCAACAAGUUUGCUUCUCUGCUAUCCAGCUGGAGCGACCCGGUGGAGUCGUGCAAUUCAACCCAGACAAAUCUCCCUGUCCUUAUUUGAUUGCUCCGAUGGAUUGCACAAGCGGACUCGACUGGCAAAUCGACUGGGACUACUUGACUGAGUCUAUCGCCGGCCGCGUUCUCGCAUCAGAAGCCGCUGAUGCAGAAAGGCGUGUGAACAUUUACUCCGAAGAUGAUCCCUUUAUCUUCUCUAAGAAUGAAUAUCAAGAUUCUGUGGUUAUUUGCAGUUACCGAAGACACGACGCGCCAACUCAAAAUCGAUUCUACGUGGCUGAGAUUCAAUACGACAUGGAUCCUGAUUCAGCAUUUCCUGCUGAUGAUUACGAAAGCUUCCGUCAGUACUACAUGCAACGCUGGUCUCUGGUUCUGACGAACGAGCGUCAACCACUUCUCGACGUGGACCACACUGAUUGUCGAUUAAAUCUUCUGACGCCCCGUUUCGUUACUCAGAAAGGACGCGCGUUACCCGCGUCAGCUCUCGAAAAGAAGCGUCAGAAGUACGAAGAUAAGGCGAAUCGUCAAUACCUUAUACCUGAGAUUCUCGAUGUUCACCCAGUGCCGGCAUCACUCUGGCGGAAAGCAGUCUGUCUUCCAUCCAUUCUUCAUCGCGUCUCGUGUCUACUCGCAGCUGAAGACUUGCGAAGGCGAAUCUCCCGACAAACUAAAGUUGGUCUAAUCAUUCCUCCUAUUGGUAUGUCCUUCCCUCAUCUACAACUCGACUGGGAGGACCCCAAAGAUAUUCCUAACUCAGAGCCGUUCUGUAAACAACCUACAUUGCCUAAAAACUACCCGUAUUACGAUCAGAAGCAAUGGGAAGAAGAUGAGAUCGAGGUGGAAACAACGCAUCUCGAAUUUCCCUUUACUGCAAUCGAAAGAAACACUGAACUGUCGACAUACUUGCUCCAGAACGGCUGUAAUCAGAAAAUCGGAGCUCGCACGCCUGUUUUCACCGAGUUAGAAGGCACCCUUGAAUUGCCUGAUGAAGUCGGUGAUUCCAUAGCAAAUACCACGGAAAACCCGACAGAAAAUCCCACGGAAAACCCGGCAGAGAAUCCCACCGAAAAUAAGGAAGUUGAAGAAAGUGGUUUCGUUGAAGACGGAGACUAUGUGUUUUUGCAAGCGCCGGUAAUCAAAAGAGAGCUUUCAGAUGAAAAGUUUGGUCCACCCUUGCCGCCAAACUUUGACACCAAAGUUCUUAGCGAUACUCAGCUCGAGCAGAAGCAGAAGGAAAUCGAUUCAAGGGAGAUCAACACCCUUGACGAAAUUGAAGAAAUUGUGCAUGACGAGCAAGCAGAAACUACAAUUGAAAACCAGAUCUUGCAAUUGCUCGAGCAACCUACAGUUAUCGAGGAGACGGACGACGAUAUUCCUCUUCUUGAAGUUCCAAAAACAAUUGGUCUGCACAAUGUGGAAGAUGUAGGCCCCACCCCGGAUCAAAUUCUCCAAACGCUGACUCUAUCCAAAUCUUCCGACGGUUUUAAUCUUGAGCGGUUAGAAAUGCUUGGUGAUUGCUUCCUCAAGUCAGCUUUCAUUCCUUCGAUCGAAAAAGUUUCCAACCGCAAUCUCUUUCGCUUGGGUGUCUACAACGACAUCCCUGGCCGCAUGGUAGCCGAGCAGUUCAUGCAAAACGACACAGGCGGAAAUUGGUUACCGCCAGGCUAUUUCAAUAAAGAUCAAGCCGCGUUGGAAGAAAGCGAUGAGUCUGACGAUGAGAACGAUUUCGAGUUCGAAAAAUGCGAAGGUGAACGUCCGCGAGACUUAGAAGAAGAGCAGAGCAGUACUGAAUCAGCCGACGAUUUUGACGGCGAAGACAUCACUAUGGUCGAUGAGAUGUUGCGCGGCUCAUCAAAUCAACUUAUGAGCUUCCUUGACCGCAAAAAACAGAUUCCAGGCGAUGAAUUCGACAUUUCUGUCUGGAAACCACUUGAUACCAAAGGAAGACCUAUCAACACCGAAGAACCUCUUAUUUACAAUCACUACUCCGAGCAAUAUCUAACUGAUAAAUCCAUAGCAGAUUGCAUGGAGGCUCUUAUUGGCGCGUACUUGAAAGCGACUGGAAUACCAGCAACACAACAAUUCCUAUGUCAUAUGGGACUCAUCGUACUUCCCUCAUCGUGCUGCGAACCCGAAACAGGAAAACCACUACCUCCUUUUCUCACCCUUGCGCCGCCGAUUGAACCUUUUCAUCUGAAAACUUGCACACAAUUGGAAAAAAUGCAGAGGCUGCAGGCUCUCGAAAAGCUAACAAAGAAUUACCACCUUUUCGAGAAGAAAAUCGGCUACACUUUCAAAAAUAAGGGAUACCUUCUCCAAUCCCUCACGCAUGCCAGUUAUCAAUACAACCAGGUGACUAACUGCUACCAACGACUUGAAUUUCUUGGUGACGCAGUUCUCGACUUCUUGAUCACCAGACAUCUUUUCGAUCAUCCAACAAGGAGGUUUAGUCCUGGAGAACUCACGGAUCUUCGAGCUGCUUUAGUCAACAAUAAUAUUUUCGCUGCCCUUGCCGUCAAGUUUACGUACCACAAAUUCUUGUAUGCACUGACUCCGGAUCUACACAACGUUAUCCGUGACUAUGUCCUCUACUGCGAGUCACGAGAAGAUGUAGAAGGAAUGGAAGCACAUCUUAAAAAAAUAAGAUUAGAGGAAGAAGCCGAUGAAGGAGAAGAGUCGGAAGAUUCAGAAGACAUCGAGGUUCCAAAAGUGUUGGGUGACAUUUACGAGUCUGUUGCCGGCGCAAUUUACCUCGACUCUGGAAUGAGUCUUGACGCCGUCUGGGGGGUAUACCGGCCGAUGUUGCAAAAGUACAUCGACAAGUACUCCAUCAACCCGCCACGAUCACCGAUCCGUGAAUUGCUCGAACUCGAACCGGAAACGGCCAAGUUCUCGGCACCUGAAAAACGUGCUGAUGGAAAGUAUCGAGUGACUGUACAUAUCGCAAACAAUAAGGGAAGGUUUGCCGGGGCCGGUAGAAAUCAUAAAGCUGCAAAGGCUUCCGCUGCUAGAGCUGCGCUGAAUUAUCUGAAAAAGAGAGAUGCCGAAUUAGAGGAUGGAAUUGAUGACUAG